AUGAAGUUUUUCCUUCCAGUCCAAAGAGACUCCCAGAAGCACUUCGUUCUCCCUUCACUGUAUUGCAAUGGACAUUCCUGGACCAAGAUGGAUGCCAGUGGCACCUGGCAACAGAUGUACGGCUGGGGCAUUGACCUUUCCGAUGCCAGCAUGCAAGACCAGGAGUUGCUGCUCAUCGCGUGGGUGGAUGCAUUCCGCAGACCGCGCUUGGUUUGUCAGUCAUUGCGCAGCAGUCUCAGGCAACCUGAAGCAUCCGUUCGCAUGGCCAAAGCAUUUGGAAGGGACGCCUUGGAUGAUGAUGCUUCAGGCCUUGGUGAAGUGGCAGGCACCGAGCUAGAGGCCAUGAUCAGCGAGCUUCGAGAUCUUGAGGCCUCAAAGCCUCAAUCGCUAGAAAGUCAGCCGAGUGAGGUCGAUGAAGGAGCCAUUGAGCCUGUGGAAGAAGACCCCCAGGCCAUAGACAUCCAGCAAAUUGAUCGCAGCGGGCAAGUUGCUGUGCUUGGCGUUCCCAAUUCUGGCAAAUCAUCUUUGGUGAACGAGCUUGUCGGCAUGAAGGUGUCGAUCGUCUCUCCCAAGCCACAAACCACACGACAAAGAAUCCUAGGCUUGGCGUUGUUGGCCCCAAGACCUGACAUGCCGCCAACCACACAGGCGGUAUUUGCAGACACUGCUGGUAUCAUGGAAACUGGACAGACAGUCUCCGAGUUUGGUUUCAGGCAUAAGCGCAAGCGCUUGUUCCGACAGAACCGCAUGCACAAGGCCAUGGUCAAGACGGCGUGGAAGCAAACCAAGGCUUCUGAUGCUGUCUUCUGGGUGUUGGAUGCUGCAAAGUGCUACAUGUACGGCGACUACAUGCCUCCUUGUCCAGAGCUGGACGGAGUUGCAAUUGGAGCUCCUGUGGAAGAUGCUUGGUGGUUGCACCCCGAACUUGCAGAGGAGCUUUCCUUUCUGCGAAAACUGAAGAGAGCAAACAUGAAGGUCAGCGUUGUCUUGAACAAGGUUGACAUUUUGAGAGACAUGGACGUCAAUGUGGAAGAGUUCACUCUCAAGAUGAGGGAGCAGAUCUCCAGCGACUUGGGAACAACCAAAGACGGAGAGGACAUUUUGGAGAACCUUUGGCCAACAUCGGUUCUGAAAGAUCCUGCGUCAUUGGCUCCGAUCAAAAGGUGGCUUUGUGAGAACCUUCCAAAGCAGAGUCCUAUCUACCCGUUGGAGAACAUCAGCGAUGUCCCUGCUCGCGUCGUAGCAUCUGAGAUAACUCGCGAGAAGCUGUUCCGCGUUUUGCGAGAAGAAGUUCCCUAUCACUUGACAGUGGUCAACGCAGUUUGGCGGCAGGAGCCAGAUGGAAAGCUUUUGCUGGGCCAAAAGGUGGUUGUCACUAAAGAGGGCCAAGGACGGAUUGUCCGAUACUGGCUGCCCCAAAUCACAGAGGAGGCAGAGAGCGAGAUCUCUGAGAUGGUGAAUUUUGGUAGGCCAGUUGAGCUUCAUUUUCAAAUUCAAGUGGAUCCCAAGUGGUUAGAAAAUGAGGAUUACUAUGAAGAUUUGCAGGGACUUCUGGAUCGGAGCGGCUCACUGGUCUUUCCUUGA